UUAUCGCAUCGUGUGUCGAGGGCUAUGCGAACGCGAGACUCGCGUUAAGAAGAGGUGACGAUGUGCAACGAUCGAUCGAGCUGCUGGACAAAGUGCUCUCCGAGUACGACGAGCACGAAACAGAGGGUGAAGGUGACGGUGGUGGAGACUGCAGCGGCGACGGCGACGGCGACGGCGACGACCAAGUCAACGGAGGCGGAGGCAGUGGAGGAGGCGGUGGAGGAGUCAGGGGCGUUGGAGACGUCGGGGAUUGUGGAAGCAGCACAGAACCGAGUAUCGGUCUCACGCCCGACGACGAGAGCCCGUCCUUAGGACAUCAAUCCGAGGACGACGGUUACAUGAGCAUGAAUGGACGGAAAGCAAAGAUGGCCCUGGUAGCAUUGCGUCCGGUUCCAGAUUGUCCGGAGCCACAGGAUCCCACGGGGUUGUCCACGCAAGAGUUUCCUCCGCCGCCCGAAGAAGCCGAGCGAAUCAUUUCCACCCUGUUACCGAUGGUAUCGCCAGGAAACUCGUCGAAAAGGAGCAGUCGUUCGUCGGAUCGUCGGGGUGGGCGACAACCGUGGGUGAUAGCUAUGGAAGAUAGCAUACGCGAGGGAAGCGGUAGCGCGGUUACUACGCAAACAACACUCCCUAAGACGCGACAUCAGAGGCCGUACGGUUGGAAGAAUGGAAACGUCGAACCGUUGUUGAAGGCGACAGAACCGGCACCGAGUCCUCCGAGCAAAUUCGCCAGUCUACCGUUCGAUGGCAAGGUGUCGUUCGGUUGGAUUCCACCACGGACUAACCCUACUGUCACCGAGAGGCAUCGUGAGGUACGGCGUCAUUCCUCCGAAGAAGACGAAGAUGACGAGGACGAGGAAGAGGAGGUGGAAGAAGACGAGAACGACGACGACGACGACGACGACGACGACGACGACGACGACGACGACGACGAUGACGACGACGACGACGACGACGACGACGACCAAGAAGAGGAGGAGAAGAGAUACGAAGGAUUUCAGAGAGACAGAAAGAUUCAUCGACAGAGCUUCGACAGAGAAAAAGAUCGGGCGUCCCUUCUUCGGAAGCAGCGUCAGCACGAGAUGAUGAAAUCGAGUAGCGUGGAGGACAGACUUCUCAUGAAUCACGGCCAUCGGGUCGAUCAACAACACGACAGGAGAAGAAACGACUCGGAUUCGAGCGAGGGUAGAUUCUCGCGAAAUUCCGAGUCCGAGAGAUCCUCUAUUCCACGCUCGAGUUCGAUCAGCGUUGAGAGGUUCUCGAUGCGUGCAAUAUGCGACUCGUCCGAUUUUUCCAGGGCCAACUCGACCUCGAACUCGAACGAGAGAUUCCAUUCGGAUUUCUCGAUAGCCGUUGCUAGCGCCAGCUCGAACGACCGUGUUUCCAUGCCGACCUCCGAUCCUUUCUCGAUUCGAAACUUGGAUUUCGUUUCGUUCUCUCUGCCGACCCGAGCGGAUUCCAGCGAGAGGUUCUCGGCUCCAGCCUCGGACAGAUGCUCCGAGGAGCGGUAUUCCGACAUGUUCUCGACCCGAAAUUCGGACUUUUCUACGCGGAAUUCGACCGAUUUCAGAACACAAUCCGAGGAGGAACGGUUUUCCGACGACUCGCUGGAGGAACUCCUGCCUCCACCCCCUCCUCCCCCUCCGCCUCCUCCUCCCAUCAAUAAGAGACACUCGAUUGCCUGGGAAGUGUCAUUGGAGGACGAUCCUCUCUACGCCCCGGGAAGUACAAAAGUGGUCGGCAGAAGACGACGCAAGAGCAGCGACAUGUCCAGCGCUGGAUCAGCAUCGAAGCUGCGCGACUUGGACGACUGGCAGGAUCAACGGCUCUCGACGACAGACGACGAUUUGAUCUCCCCGUAUUCGGACUCGUCGACGAACGAGCUUGACCAGAUAAGACCGCAAGAUUUUACCAAGAACGGCACCUACGUGAUACGUAGGGGCCGCAAGAGAGAACGGAAGGGAUUACUAAAGGCUCCCACGAAAACCAGAAGCUUGUCUUUCGAGAACGGGGAGGAAACACGGCAACUGUCGGACGCGAAACGAUACUCGAGCACCUUCGACAAUAUUAGAAGUUUACUCAGGGAAGGUAAACUUGAACCGGCCAGUGAUCCGCCGGCGGAAUUUGCAUCGCUUGUUCCACCUGACCUGGUCCGAGUCGUCUCGCUUCCAGCUAUCAACGACGAAAUCGGAAAUCGCGCGCAGCUGGAGGUGACGGUCGAGGAAGAAGAAACGUCGGACGUUUCGGACAAGGACAAGAUUGCGCAGGAUAGGGUUCAGCUUGUCGCUCGAUUAUCGCCCUCCCUCGAGGCACAAUAUCGAGCGAAAGUCGAGCAGGAGAGACUGAACCAGUGUAACAGAGUCACUAUCACAACCUCGAAAAGUUGUUCGAACAACAGCUGGGUAAGCAACGACCAAGGUGGAAUCGAUAGUUGCGCCGCGAAGACGAUCAGGGAACCGAGAAAACCAUCGAAACCAAACACCAGUCUCGGCGAUCACCGAUCGUCGUCCAAGAUUCCGGUGACUCUGUUGAUCGAGGAGCAAAUUGUGAAGAAAGCCUUGAAAGAGAAUCGUCGACAAUUGGAGAAAGUCAGCGAUGCCAUCAAGGAGAUAGAGAGCGUGAAAAACAGCGAGUCAUACCCGGAGGGGAAACAAUGGAAGAAUGGUGGGGACGCGAAUCCGACGACGAGCAAGAGAAACAGCCUCGAAAUCGAGUCGAAUGAACGGAGGACGAUCGAUGUCGUUGCCGCGGUGGCUUGCGCGAGGAAGCUCAGCGACUCGGAAAUCGAUUCCGAUCAUUCUAAAGAUAGCCCGGAGACGAACAUCGACGGAAGCAGACUAAACAACGGAACGGACGUCCAUGCUUCGGAGAGAAGAUCGCGGCACAAUGGUGUCGAGAGCCAUAAGAACGAUCAGAAACAAAUCGAGAAUGUGAUCGAUGCUAUUCUCGAGGACUCGAAGAACCCGGAGUUUCAGGUAAGCGUCGAAGUUCUCGAAUUUCCUCCGUUGCCACCAUCGCCUGUCGAGGAGGCGGACGAAGAGAACUCGGACGUCGGGCAGAGCGGUGUAGUCACACCGAGACCUAAAACUCGAAACAGCAACCGUACGAUGGAAUACAGACCUAGAGUACCGCCGCAUCGCGGACAAGUGGCCUGUCUCCCUUCGGAUUCCAGGGAUCAUCAAGCGUCUCUAAACACACGAUCCAUGGACGCGGGAUUCUCCCGGAGUAGACGCACGCACGGAACCGCUAACCCAAGACGAGAGCAAAUACCCGCGGAACGAAGAACUCUACCCACUGACUUGCCCGGGCCGUCCCGACGACGACCGUUGACCAAGCGACAUUCACCGUCGACGACAGAGCCGUGUUCCAGUUCCUCCGGUGGUGGCAACGGCCACGGUAACGGCAACGAUAACUGUAACGAUAACGGUAACGGUGGUAUCGGUACCAGUGCCAGCAUUGCAGGGAACGGAACCGGAAGUGCUGUCUACAGCAACAGCGGCGGGACUACUGGUAACAUUUCGACAGGUUCCGGAAUGCAAACAUCCUGUUCGCUGCCGGAAACACCAGUUUUUGCCAGAGGAAACGACAUACCGAGAACACCCCAGCACGCGAGUAAUCCAACACAAACACGUCGACAGCCUGGUUGGUACGCUCCAACCACGGCUACCACUGGGUAUCGAAGAAACAAUCCCGGUUUGGAGCAGGCGAUAAUCGGGACAGAGCUGCUACGACUGGCGGGCGGACCGAACCGCGGUUGGUACCCAACGAGGAAAGCGAAUCAACCACGGCCGGCUUCGAUCGAGCACCUCGAAAGGUUGAACAACGCGUACGACGCACGGUUAACCGUAUCCGGGGAUCAAAGGAAACCUCUGACCUUGCCGACAAACAUCACACCGAACAAAUACUUCGGCCAAAGUAAGCACAGCUCCGCCUCCAGCACUCGCGAGGCGCUACGGAGGGUCACUAGCUUGCUCAUCAAGAAAGGAAACGGAAGCAAGGAUGGGAAAAGUGGAAAGGAUACCACCGUGGCAUCGUGUGGUCCUUACGCCGCCGCUGAAUGCGGAGACGCGCCGAAGAAGAAGGGAUUCUUCAAGGGUUUCUGGAAGAGAUCGCGUCAUUACUCGUUGGAAAACCAAUAGCCCAGAUGCGGUAGGAUGACGGGCCAGCAGCAACGACAGAGACACGCGUCGAGACAACAGCACUGUUAUCGACGACAACGCGGCGUCGCUACGAGCACACUGACAAACAGCCCUUGCUGCUGCAUCGUUCAGUAAUGUCGAUCGCAACACGAGAGGCAGUGUUCCUUUCUCUGUUUCAUCGACCUUUUCUUUUAUUCGAUCUGCAAUAGUGACACGGACGACUGCGACUACGACUUCGAUCCGAUUCGACUCGACCUAACCCAGACCGUGACACAAACACCCCAAGACCCAGGACCUCGAGUUCAAGCAACUUUUACCAUAAUCACACGGGUAAUCAUCUUUCUGCGUAGUUCAUGUUCCUGACUUUUCUAUUUCUUCUUGCUUACUUUUCUCUAUCGCUUUUACUCGAUUUGCUUUCAUUCGAUUCCCAUUUCGUUUCGCUCGCGCCACCUCUUGUGUUUCUCGUUCAAACUCGGGAACUGGAGAGAAGCAGUUCCUAAUGUCGCCAAAACGCAUCAUCCAUACUCGCGAUUGGCUUCUCCUACUUUCGAGAAAAACACGGUAUGACAGAAGCUUGCUCAUCCGAGAGGCUAUCUGAUGUACGACGUGUGAAAUAAUCUGAUCGAAAAGCGAAAUGUUAAAUCGGUUGUUUCGAUUAAGUACUUGAUUCACAGUACCACGAAAAUACACUAAAUAUACUUAUAGGACAACAGUCCUUAAUUAAGAAAUUAA